AUGGGCCUCCAUUUCUUGGAAGACACCUGUCGUUCUUCCCUCUUUCCAAUAGAUGAUGUCUUGCUAGAAGAUGGUCAUACAGAUCAAGUGGGUGUGAUAAAUUCCCCUGCUUGUUAUUCUACUCAUCAGAAUGGAGAGCGAAUAGAACGUUUUUCUCGAAAGGUGUUUGUUGGUGGUCUUCCUCCAGACAUUGAUGAAGAUGAAAUUACUGCUAGCUUCAGACGAUUUGGACCUCUUGUAGUUGAUUGGCCCCACAAAGCAGAAAGCAAAUCAUAUUUUCCACCUAAAGGUUACGCAUUCCUCCUUUUCCAAGAGGAGAGUUCUGUUCAAGUACUGAUUGAUGCCUGCAUAGAAGAAGAUGGAAAGCUUUAUCUGUGUGUUUCUAGCCCCACUAUCAAGGAUAAGCCAGUUCAGAUCCGUCCUUGGAAUUUAAGUGAUAGUGACUUUGUGAUGGAUGGUUCACAGCCUCUUGAUCCUCGAAAAACCAUUUUUGUUGGUGGUGUCCCCAGACCAUUGCGAGCUGUGGAAUUGGCCAUGAUAAUGGACCGUCUCUAUGGUGGAGUUUGUUAUGCAGGAAUUGAUACAGAUCCUGAACUAAAGUACCCAAAAGGUGCUGGGCGAGUUGCUUUUUCCAAUCAACAGAGCUACAUUGCUGCCAUUAGUGCUCGGUUUGUUCAGCUUCAACAUGGUGAUAUUGAUAAACGAGUGGAGGUAAAGCCAUAUGUGUUGGAUGAUCAGAUGUGUGAUGAAUGCCAGGGAGCACGAUGUGGUGGAAAGUUUGCUCCCUUUUUUUGUGCCAAUGUCACUUGCCUGCAGUAUUACUGUGAGUUUUGCUGGGCAAACAUCCACUCUCGGGCAGGACGUGAAUUCCAUAAGCCAUUGGUUAAGGAGGGAGCUGACCGCCCACGCCAGAUCCACUUCCGCUGGAACUGAGCCUGGCUUCCCAGCAUCUCCAUAAGGAAGGAAGGGUGCAUGUGGCUUACUGUAUUUGAAGAUAUAGACUUGCAGAAGAAAUAAGUGCAUUCUUCUGCUUCUCACCCCAACUCUCAAUACAUGCAUCUUUUUCAGCAGUCAAAACACUACAAAGCCUCUUGUUUUUCACCAAAACCCUACAUCUCAGGCUCACUAAUUUUUGUGAUAUUUUCAUGUUAAAAUAAAAAAAAAGUUUUUUUGUAUUUCUCCAACUUAUUUUUAUAUGUAAUAUUAAAACUAGAUAAGAGAAUGUUUUUUGCAUAGGGGCGCAUUGUCUGCUGCUAUAUUUAGAGGGUGAAGCGUGCACUUAUUUCUAAACAUGGGUUUUUAACUUCAACAUCUGCCCCUGUAAUUUACCAAAGGUAGCAAAAAUAGUGAAGAUGGAAGAUGUCUGCUACAAAAAGCUUAUUUUUAUUGUUGUUGCUAUUUUCAGUGUAUGCAUCAAUUAAAAAAUAAGGUUGAUUUUUUGCUCUCCAUUUUGACUUGCAAGAAAUAAUACCUCAAGAUAAUCUGAUUUAUUAGCUAUUUUUAAACAUUUAUAAUCACAAGCUGAAUUAGCUUUGCUGCUAUAUAGGUGUUGUGUGUAAUGCCACCUAUUAAUACGGGAUUGAAACGUUUUAAGAUACGCUGCAUUACAGAUUAAAAUGCAGGCAGCACAAUAUGGCAUAACCUGCCAUAGUUUUAGAAUGUGAAAAAUUGCAUGUUUACUUAUUUGUAUACACCGUAUGCAUGCACUAGAGCUAACAAGAAAUGCAUUAUUGCAAAUGUUCUUAGGCUCUGGAAACUAGGUAGCAUGAGCAGAUUUCAAAAUUUGUAACAAGAAACUUGCAUGCAUUAUUGUGACUCAAGCUUUUUUUCCUGAAAAAUGUCCUACAUGUGUACAAUAUGCAAAUUAGUUUUAGAUUAGAACGUGCAGCCCUUUUGUGACCUGGUUGGUAGUGGAAUUCGAUUUUCGCAGACUGGAUGUAAUAUUGUUAACCCUGUGCAACUUUGUGGUGUGUGGUUCUAAUUGGCGUGAAGUGGUAUAGCAUAGACACAAGUUUGAUUAAAAAAACCUUUUUCUAAAAAUAUAUAUAUUAUUAAUUUCACCCUCUUUAAUUGUCCAUGGUUAAAACUCCCCCUAUAAACCAAAGAUGGCCAGCCCACUGCUAACCAGUCACCAAAUGGGAAACUACUGAGAAAUGAGCAGAAAAAUGUGCUCAUGCAAGAAAAUAGAACACUUUAGUAAUAAAACAUAAACAAAGUCAAAAUGGAGAUGGUGUAAUAUAAAGACAGCUAGUUGCAAAUCUGUAUCGUAUCGUGAGACAACAGUGAAUCUGGCUCAAACUGUGUGUGCUUUUAUGACCUUAGGCAUUUUGGGAUCUUCUGUCAAACUGAGUCACUGUUGCACGAAAUGGAGUUCGUUGUCUGGCAUAGUGUUUAAUUUUGAUGAAGGAGUUCUAAGUAAUGACAUUACUUGCACGAUUUUGGGAGGAAAGGUGAUGUUAAUACAAGAAAUCCAGUAGCAGUGUUUUAGUCCAUCUCUGAACAUUUUAAUGCAGCUAUAGCCCUUACAUUUUAAUAGAAAGAGCUACUCUGUAGUUUUACGUUUCAGCAAGCACCUAAAAAGUGAACACCGAACUGAAAGUCUUACUCCAAGAGAGAAGUUUCUAAGGGUUAUGCUCUUGGCAAUCCCUUGAGGACAAUCCUUCAUAUAAGCAAAGUAUUGCUCUUAAACUGGUUGUCUGCAAUGUGGUUUUUGUACUGUUCGAUAAUAUGUGGUUCUUGUCUAACUCUGCUGUUAUGUUGUGGCUGUGGCUCAAGUUUUUAAAAGUUUUGAAGUUGACGCUGUUUUGAAAAAAGAGCUUUUUAACUGAUUUAUUUGUCAGUGUACCUAUUUAUUACUUAACCAUGAUCCUCCAGAUAUGUUGGAGUAUUUUUUUCUAACCUUAAACCCUGCCAAACCUUGAUCCAUUUUUGACAUUUGUUAUGCACUAUUUUUAUAUCUCUGAGAGAGAUCCUUUUUUCCAACUAGUCAGCUAUUUUAUGGCACACUUUUUUUGACUGACGACAUCUCCUUUGCUAUACCUCAAUUUUUGGAAUUUAGAAAGAAAACAAAAUCAAUAGUUUUGCAAUGUUAAUUAGUUAGAUAUAAUUUAAUUUUUGCAGAUCUUUUAAACUUUAUUUUCAUAUUUCUUGCUUGAAGUUUAAAAGCGCCUUUACAUGUUUUAAAUAAUGAAUAUGGAAGAAUCGUACACAACUGAAAUAUAAUUGGAGAUGUUUAAAACCCUUACUCCCCCACCUUCUCCAUAAAGAUGUAGGUAAACAGAAGGAAUACGCUCUUUUGAUAUGGGUAAACUAAUUUAAAUAUCAGGCUAUAUUUGUCACUUCAUUUCUAAGCUGUUGAUAAUCUCCAUUUCUUCCUUUGCUUUAUUCAACAUCUCCUCUUUUUCCUUAUUUUUAAAAUCCAUAUUUUGGGGGCUCAGUCCAUCUCUCAGGUCCCCUACAUCACCAACUUUUGAAAUGAAUGGCUACUAUAUGCAAGAACAGUUGUGUCCUUAGCUCCCAUUCAUUUCUCUUGGGGGCAACACAUACUGUUUCCUUGUGCAGCUGCUGUUCAUUUCAAUAUAGGAUGAUGCUCGGGUCCUCCCUGGUGGAUUGUCCCUUGAACUCUGAAUUGCUCAACACUGUAUUGGCUUUUGUUUUUGUAAAUCAUAUUUAUUUUACUAUUUUUGUAGAAGAUGGUUAAUUUUAUUGUAUUUUUGUAUUUUUUAAGCUUCUUUACUUUUCUUACCCCCAAAUGUGCAUAUUGCUGUCCAAACGUAUAACUGUGGAGGAGAAAAAAAAAACUUUAAAGGUCCACUUUUUUUUUUUUUAGAAGGAAGCGUUUAGCAUUUAUAUAUUUGUGUAUGGAAAACACUUGAUAUAUUAUUCCCUGUUGCAUCUGGCUGCACAAAGCCUCUCCUCAAAGAUGCUACAAAACUUGAAUAUAACACAUUUUGGAAGGCUGACUAACCUCGAUUCUGUGUUGUGACGUGCAAUACUGUUUCUAAUGUUUGUAUAAAAAAAAAGAAUAACAGUGUAAACCUUUUUAAUGCAAAUUUUAUUUUUUUCAUUGCAUCUUUUGCAAAUUUUAUCCACAGUGUCAUUUUUUACUGUCAGAAAAAGAAAUCCCCUUUUGUCAUUGCAAAUAUUUUUUAAAAUCCAGAAAUCUUUGUACUGAUGUAAAUGAUCGUAGUUAUUUUGGAUAGUGUUUUGCUAACAAAAGGAGAGACUUUUUUCAUGCAUAUUUCUAUUUUGUUGUCAUGUUGGGUUUUGUUUUGUUUGUUUUAUUUCAAAUACUAAAAAAAUACUUGGAAUAAUUUUUCAUACUCGUGUCAUUAAUAUUAUUUUGUAUUUUUAUGUGAAAAUAUAUAAUUUUAUGAUGCUAAUGGCGAAAAGUUUAUUUUAUGUUGAAUUAUUUUUGGAGCUGAAAUCUUUGUAAUAUUAAAGCUACUAGUUUCUAAAUUCUGAAUUUCUGUAAAGAAUCGCACAAAUGGUUUAUGGAGUGUUUGGACUGUAAUUAUAAAUGGUUCUUUGAUAUGCAAAUUAAUAUUUUUCAGUUAAUUUUAUUUUGUAUUCCUAAUGAGGUGUUAAAACAAUUUUUAUUUUUUUCUAAAUAAGAAGAAAACCCAUGCUUUUUAUAGCCACAAGGAAGCAACCCACCAAAGCACCACUGCUAAACUAUUGACGUUGAUUUCAGGGGAGCUGAGAAGAGCACCAUUGAAGAAAGAAGGUGUUUCCUGGUGGGUUGCUCCCUGACUUAAUCACCUUCAGCUUAAACUCUUCUGUUAAAAGCUUUUAGUUUAUUUUACUGUUAUCUUCCAGGUGUCUAAAUCUCCAGUCUGUCUGUUGUACUGGUAAUUUAACUCUGUAAUGGAAUAGUUUGCUGCCAACUAUUUAUAUAAGUAAUUUUUAAAUAUUUGUAAUAUUGUUGACUGACUAAUAAACUAUUAAGUUAUUGGCAUA